CAGAUGCUGGAUGAUAAAGAGGGAACAGAAAUUGAGACUUUAUCAAAAAGCAUUAGCAACCUCACAGACUUCAAAGAGGAGAAAAAAGAUCUGCUUGCGGGCUCACUCUCACCCAAUACUAAGGAAAGAAUAAUACUGUGCAUACGAGAAACAACGCUUUAAAUUACACUGGCUAGAAUGGACCAAACAGAUCUCCAGCAUGAAGCCAAAACCAGCAUUUUCAGGUCCUUAUGGGGUAAACCCAACAAAACCACCUCCCUAGAUCUUAUCCACCUCUUUGGUGACUGUAUCCGAGCAGCUUCAUCCAGGACUAAAGACUAUUUGCUCUUCAGGGACCCAGAAAGCAAAUUCCACCCAAAUCCUUCAACACUUUGCGAGAUCUUUCUGAUGACUUACAUCCAACGCAGCAGCCAGUUAAAUCUCACCAACAUCUUCAAUUGUACAGCCAUGACCCCAGAACAGAGGGUCUUACUUGGUGCCCAAUGGGUUUGGGCCGUGUUAGACUAUCCAACCAAGAACCCCCGAAUUCAGAUCGCAGUCCAGGUUUUUCAUCUGCCAGAGAGAGUGGAGGAGAACUUCGAGGAACUGUCCUUAGAUACCUACAGCGAGAUCAUGCGUAUGGCUGGGAUGGAGGUGGUGAAUGGUACUCAAGCCGAGAGAAUGGUGGAUUUCUGUUCUUCCAUUGGUAGAGAUUGUUACGCUCUAUUCCUCUUCUUCGGACGCGAAAACGACGAGGGUAACAUUUAUGGGUUGUUAAGCAACAACCUGCAAGCAGCUGUUGGGAAGUGUGUACGACUCGAUCGAUCUUUUAUCGAUCACUUUUUUAAGGGAGCAAAAUGCUUUGUCACUCCAAGUGGGAUGUUGCGAGCGCUGGUUGGUAAGGAAGGUGACGACCCUCUCACCAUGCUUGUUAAAUUUACCUAACAGCUAAAUUUAUGGCAGUUGGUGUUGAAUUUAUUACCAUUUGUUGGUUUAUGGGCUGCUCACCACCGUAACAGAUACAAUGCAUUUAGCAUUGAGUAAACAUGCUGCUUUGUGUGAUGUUUUUCUUGCAACUUGCAAAUGUUUGUCAGCAAUACCUUACUGUUACUUUAUGCAUUAAAACUGUGGUUAUAAUAUGCAGAAAUAAAUAUUUUGUCUGGGAAAAAGUCAUUAGAGAGGGUAUUUUUAUCUGUGUUUAACUAUGACAUAUUUCAGUAGCUUAAUGGUUAAGAAAUAAUUUAUAAUUGUAUGUAAGAUUUGGUCAAAAGCUGUCAAUGGGGCCUUAUUUAUAAUAUUACAAAUAUUUAAUAACUACUUAAUAUUUACCAUUAAA